AUGAAGUACUCUCUCGCCGCAGCCCUGAUUCUCCAGGGUACAACUGUACUUGGCAGCCUUCUCCCCGUUCACUUCAAGGCACCCAGCCCUUCCCACUUCCUCGACAUUGUCAACAAUGGCACAUACGAUCUGGGCUGCCGACCAAAGGCUGUACCACAUGAGGACGGCCACUUUGAGCUUCAUGCUCUCCUGACCGAGGAGCAAAUUGCCCACCUCGAAAGGGAAUAUGAGCACUCUGGGGAGAUCUCUCUCCACCGACGCGACCUCAGCAAGAGGGCUGCCGACGCACCAAUCGGCACUGGUGACAGGUGGCAAGGUGGUGCCGUCACACCUUCAGGUCUUGGAACCAAAGCUGCGGGAUCAACAGUCAGCUCCAUCAUGAACCCUACCGAGAUCAACUCGGCAAUCAAGGGUCUCGUUAACGGUUAUGGUAUCAACACCAUUACUCUGCCAUACAAGACUUUCCAGGGUGCUACGCAGACCGCUGGAUACGUCGGUGCUGGUACGGACAAGUCGCAGUACAAGCUCUACCUCAGUGCUGGCAUGCACGCCCGUGAGCGAGGUGGUCCCGAUCAGCUCAUUUACUGGAUCUCCGACUUGCUUGCUGCCAACAAGGCUGGAACCGGUCUCACAUACGGCAGGAAGACCUACACCAACGCCCAGGUCAAGAGCGUUCUCGCUGCCGGUAUUGUCUUCUUCCCCCUUGUCAACCCUGACGGAGUUGCCUACGAUCAAUCCUCUGGCUCCCUCUGGCGCAAGAACCGAAACACUCGCUCCGGCACAAGCGGCGCAUCCGUCGGUGUCGAUAUCAACCGCAACUUUGAUUUCCUCUGGAACUUCAAGAAGUUCUUCGACCCAUCCACCUCGCCUGCUUCCACCUCGCCCAGUUCGGAGGCUUUUUACGGCACUGCCGCCGCAUCUGAGCCCGAGACCAAGAACCACAUCAGCAUCUACGACAGCUUCCCCAAGAUCAGGUGGUUCAUGGAUAUCCACUCUGCUACUGGUGACAUCCUAUACAACUGGGGUGACGACGAGACACAGUCCACAAACAGCGCUAUGAACUUCCUUAACACUGCUUAUGACGGAAAGAGAGGUCGUAUCGGCGACAGCACAUACAAGGAGUACAUGCCCUCUGCCGAUGUCACCGGCAUCAAGAGCGUUGCCUCCAAGACGGCUGCUGCUAUGGCCGCUGUAGGUGGACGUUCAUACACAUCCAUGCAAUCCGUUGGUCUCUACGCCACUUCCGGUGCCUCGGAUGACUACGCCGCCAGCCGCGUGUACGCCAAAUCCGGUGCUAACAAGGUCUUUGGCUUCACCAUGGAGUUUGGAUACGCAACCAACUUUUACCCCACUCUCACCGAGUUCAACCAGAACAUCCUUGACACCAAUGCUGGUUUCAUGGAUUGGGCACUUGCUGCCAUUGCUGUUGGAGUUAACUGA